GGAUUGGAACAAUUUACAAGCAUUUGAAGUUACUAAGAGUCUUAAAUUUGCGGUAUGUUUACACAUUAGAUAAUACCUUACCCGAAGAGAUAGGAAUGUUGGUACAUUUAAGUUAUCUUGGAAUAAGGAAUACUAAUAUUGAACAACUUCCUAAGUCUAUCGAAAAAUUGACAAAACUGUAGACGUUAGACUGGAGAGAUAUAUCUUUCGGCAAACAUUUUGGAGGUUGGAUAAUAAUACCAAAUGUGAUAUGGAAGAUGGAACAACUUAGACAUAUUUAUAUACCAAAAGGCAUGAGUCAUAAGAACAUUUUCAAAUUGCUUACAUUGAAUAAGCUACGUACUUUGUGGGGAAUGAGGGUUGGUGACUGGUUAGCAGAUGAUGCUAAAAUGUGGAAUUUUCCUAACCUUCAAAAAUUGUAUUUGUUCAACAUAUAUUCGAGACAUCAAUUAGACACCAUAUUUGGAUCCUUAAUAAAGUCCCUGAAUUUGCGAAAAUUGAAGUUAGAAUGGGAUAACUUUAGCUCAAACUUAACAAAGCUACAAAGCCUUGAUAUUGAUACACUCAACAAGCAUUGUUGCAAAUUAAGUGCACUAAUACUAGAUGGUCCAAUUAAAGAGAAUGAUCAUGCUAUUCGUUUUCCUCCUAAUCUUGUUGUCUUAGAGUUGAAAUGGAGUGGUAUAAAGGGGCAUGAUCCUUUCCUUUUGAUUGGAAAUUGUUGUCCUAAACUAAAAGUUCUUAAAUUUGUAAAUGUCGCAUAUAGAGGAACAGAGAUGAGAUGUAGUGCUGGUGCGUAUCCGUGUUUAAUUGAGCUUGUAGUUGAUUGCAUGUAUGAACUUGAAACAUGGGUGAUUGAAACUGGUGCACUUCCUCGUUUGGAAAAGCUAUUCCUUUAUAACACUCGUAAGUUAACAAGAUUGCCGGAAGGUUUGAGGUUCGUUACAACUCUUCGAGAAUUAAUAUUGAAGUGAAUGCCAAGGAGUUUUUGUGAAAAACUUGUUCAUGUGGAAAAAGACUACUUAAUAAAUGUUGCUGACUAACUAAAAGGGGAAGAUUUUUACAUUAUUCAACAUGUUGCUGUUAUAAAGUUCUACAAGAUUAUUGAUGAACAAAAGAUACGAUUUUCUCUAUGAAGGCCCUAUGACAACCUUUUCUAUAAACUUUUCAAGAGGUCGAUGAGAAGAAUGAGCAGUCAUUCAAACAGGCUUAUGUUGUAUUUUAAUUGAGUUUGACAUGCAUUCGAGACAUUAUUAAUGUUUUUGCUAUUAUAAUUGAGUACAAAUAUUAUUAUAUGCUAAAGUAAAUGUCAAUAAUCAUAACAAUGAUGUUAAGUUUGAACAUUUAAUUGAACAUGCUUUGUCUUGUACUUGGGAGAGGGUCGAUAAAGAUAGGGCUGUAAAAACGGGUUAAAAGGUCGGAAACAGGUCGGUCAAAAACAGGUUCGGUAAAAAACGGUCGGUCAAAAGCAGGUCGUAUAAGUCUUUCGGUACCGGUCGGUAUCGGUCGGUUUAUUCGGUAUCCGGUCGAAUCCGGUUUUUUUCUGGUUGCGGGUGUCGGUCGGUAUGGGUCCGGUAUUUAUCGGUCCGGUCAUUACCGGAAACAGGUCACAUUCGGUCGGUCAAAAACGGUUUUUUGCAGGUCGUAAUCGGUAUACAGAUCAUAACCGGGCGGUCAAAAUCGGUAAUCGGUCGGUCACAAUCGGUAUGCGGGUCAGAAUCGGUCGGUCACAAUCGGUCGGUAUCGGUUCAGUUCAAUUUAGUUGAACCGGGAUUCAGUUCUGUUCAGUUCAGUUUUGGUUGGUAUCGGUUCGGUUCAAUUCAGUUAAACCGAUAUUCCGGUUAAUUUGGUUGAUAUCGGUUCAGUUCAAUUCAUUUAAACCAUGAUUUAAUUCAGUUCAAUUAUGUUCCAAUUAUUCUGUUCCAAUUUGGUAAAAAAUCGCAUCGUGUUGCCUCAUAAUGUCAUUGAUCAUGCGUUUAUCCAUGAUGGGAAUGAUAUAUAGAAGGUGGAACCUCACAUCAAGUUUUAUAGAUGUCGUUAGGUUAUGAGUUUUAUGACAUCAAAUUCAACUAAUCAACUCCGUCUAAGUUAAUUAAUAGAUCAUAACAUGUUAAUUGAUCGACUUCAUCUAAUAUCAAUUAGACAAUUACAAUUUACAACAAUAAUAUGUUAUUAAUGUCACAAUGUAAGUUUGUUAGAUUGUCUUAAUAAUAUAUCUUCAUCACUGAUUGAAUUGACCUUCGUUUGUCCAUGGGGUGUGUUAUUUUCAACUAAUGUGAUCGGUCAUAAUGAUAAGUUUGAUUUUAAACGAACUCUAUUUAAGUUAAUUAAUAUAUUUGAUCAUAGGUCUGGUUAUUUCAACUUGAUAAAUUGAUUAUAAUUAAUUAAUAUAUUUGAUCAUAUCAUGUUAAUUAUUUCUAUUUGAUAAAUCAACUCGUGAAUUAUUCUAACGAUUAUCUUUUUGGGUGUAAUUUAUAGACUUUUCAAUUUCAAUAUAGAAUUAUAUAAAUACCAAUAACAUUAUAACAU